AUGUGGUUUUAUUUGUGCAGUUUGCGUGUGGAUCUGUCUGUCAACACAGUCGCUCUUAAAUUACCAAUAUUAAGUGCUUCUGUUAUUAAUAAAUAAUUUAUUUUAAUAUUAAUAUUGAAUAUUGUUAUAUUGUUUAGCGGUUCAUAAUGAUCGUCCUAACAAUUUUAGCCGCGUUAUUUUUACCUUAUUUAAUUAUUUAUUUGUAUAAAAAUGCUUAUAACAGGCCGAAAAACUUUCCUCCAGGCCCACCGAGUCUCCCAAUAUACGGUGCCUUUUGGAUAGUUCUGGCCCAUGGGUUCACUGACCUCGCAUCAGCUUUCAAAAAGCUAGGAGAGAAAUACCAAACGAAGAUCUUAGGUCUCUACAUGGGACCUGUUCCAACCGUAGUGCUGAACGACCCUGAGCUGAUCAAGGAGAUGCUUAAUCGGGAGGAGUUUGACGGACGGAUGGACAUCAUUUUAUUCAGAUUGCGGUCGUUUUGGAAGAAACUGGGUAUAUUCUUCACGGACGGCUACUUCUGGCAUCUGCAGAGAAGAUUUUCACUCCGUUACUUGCGAGACUAUGGGUUUGGACGGCGGAGUGAAGAGCUGGAGUCGGUGGUCAGUACUGAGAUCAAGGAGAUGAUAGACCUGAGGAUUAGUGGGCCGAAGUAUCCUGUUGAAACGGAAAUCGUCAAAGGAGACCUGGUCUACAUGCCAUAUUUCUUUUCAAUACCAUUCCUAAACGGCAUGCUCCAAGUGUUCUCCCGUAGCACGCUGCCAAGAUCGGAGUACAAAGCGCUUUGGGACCUCGCCCGUGGUACCGUCUUGUUCCAAAGAAGCUCCACUGAUAUGGGAGGUGCCCUCUCCUUGACUCCUUGGCUGAAGGAUGUUCUGCCAAACUACAGUGGAUACAACGAUCUGGUCAAAGGGAACGAGUAUCUGCUGAAAUUCUUCAAGAAAUUAAUUCACGAAGCUAUGGAAACCCACGACGAGACCUACGACCGUCACUUCUUAGACAUGUACAUCACGAAAAUGAAAGAAGAAAUGCGACAGAAAGACAAGACUACAUACUCAGUGGACCAGCUGAUCCUAACAUGCACAGACUACACGUUCCCCGCGGCGUCGGCUGUGCAGUUCGUGCUGGCGAUCCUCGUGGAGCGUUUGUUGCUGCAGCCUGAGAUCCAGGAUAAGAUCCAUGAGGAAAUAGACCGCGUCGUCGGCAGAGACCGUCUGCCGAACCUGGAUGACAGGAGAAAUAUGCCAUAUCUGGAGGCUUGCAUCCGAGAGACUAUGCGGUACGACACCACGGUACCUCUGUCAGUGCCUCAUCGAGCAAUGAAGGAUACCACCAUAGCAGGAUACGAUGUGCCAGAGGGCACGAUGGUGAGCGCCAACCUGACCAUGUUACACAUGAACAAGGAACUUUGGGGUGACCCCGAAAACUUCCGACCAGAAAGAUUCCUCAAGGACGGAGAGCUUGACCUCGCCAGCGACAAGUCAUUGCCCUUUGGAGCAGGCAGAAGAUUAUGCGCUGGUGAGACCUACGCUAGACAGUCCAUGUUCCAAGUAUUUGCUGGUUUCAUGCAGACCUUCCAUGUAUCCACCGCUGACGGCAAGCCCCUGCUGAAGCCUGCUAAAAGGAUCCAAGGCAUCAUCACCACCAUUCCUGAGUUCUGGGUUAAAGUUACUGUCCGAAAAUGAAAAACAGCAAGCAGGAAUUUUGUCUCAAAAUUCGAAAAAUAAGUGUCUAUGAUCUCUCCUGUUUGUCGCCAAAAAAUGGAAUCAAAUUGUUUACUUUCUAGUUUCUUAAUGAGCUAAUUGAAAAUAUAUUUAUGUUUCCGUCAUAUAUAUUUAAAAAAAAAAUGUAUCCGUGAUAACAUUUUUGUGUUGCUGUACUUUCUAUUUCUAUUUUUAAUGAUCUACUUUACAGAACUACUUAUAUCUAUUUCUCUCAAGUUGAAUUACCAUCUAAUAAAAAAUAAUAAUGAUAACCGAAUACCGAAGUGAAUGAAACUACGUACAGUAGACACAUAAUCAAAUUACCAAGAUUAAUUUAUGCGUAACGUAAAAUAAGUUUUGACAGGUCACAACGACAUUGACAUAGUUGAAGAGCCAGCCUUGACAGAGGCGACCCAUUCAAGAUAUUUAAUUUCAACCUGUUCUUGUUUAAAUACUUAUACUGUUAGGCAUUACAUAGAAACAAACAUAGGUAACUUAAUAUGAUAGACUAAGUUACGAUGUCUCACUCAUUAUAAGCAUAUCUCAUUAGCAUUUUUACGCAUUCACUUUUUAAAUAAUAAAUUAUACCAAUGCCUUCCGACCAAAAGCGACAUAUUUUUGCGAUAUUGAAUAAUACACAUCUUGCGAUGGAGAAAAAAUUGUUGAUUCCAUAUAUGUCUAAAACUCAAAAUUGCACAAAAAUGUCACUUAUCCUGCUUUGGCCGGUAAGGCUGCGUGACGUUCCCGCUUCUGCGCACACAAUUUAUGAUGAAGAGUCCCUCUGUUACUCGAAACUAGUAGAGCUUUACUCCCUUUACAAUACGAAUGUAAACCGUGAUUUUUAGUUAAUUUAGUAUGUCUCACGAUAGUAAAUUAUUAUAAAAAUUAACUGCUACUAUUGACAGAUACGACAUUAUAUGACCGCAGUGUUAUGAAUAAUGCAUGCAUGGCAAUGAUAAUAAUAAUAUUUACUACCUAUGUCAUAAUCAAAUCGGUACAUUCAUAUUUCGGUAGGUCCUGUAUCUGAUAAUGUGUAGAUAACUUCGUAUAAUAAAAGGGUAAUCUCCACGUAACAUACCUUUUAUUUUAAAUUUAAUCUUGGUAAUUGUUUCGUUAUAAUAUCUGAACAUUUUAAUUAUAUAUGACAUUGUUACUUAACAUUAAUCUUUAAGGAUCUUUGACUUUUUGUAUUGCAACUAUCAAAGAAUUAACUUUACGUACAUAGCUCUAAUUUUAGUCAUGUAAUUAAAUUAAAACUAAUGUAACACAAAUAAAUAAUAAAAUCCUUGUAUUAAAUAAA